AUUUAAUCAUUCUGAAUUUUGAGAACAAUUUACAUGUUCAAAUAUAUCAAUCAAUUGUCAUGCCUCAACACAACCCCAAGGGGGAAGCACUUUCCCAGGAAAUAAGUGACUAAAUCAAAACACUGUUCAUUAUGUUCUUUAGUUUUUCAAAUGCAUUUUCUGUUAUUUCUCCGGGGCUAUCUGGAGGUUUUGGCGUUGUGCUCGUAAAUACGACGCUCACACGCACUUUUAUAUCAGGAGUGAACAGAAUAGCCUACACAAUUAUUUAAACGUUGCUUUAGUCCUCAGGACUCCAGUCACUUUAAUUAUUGAGCAAACGCUGCCCUCUUGUGGUUCCGUUGAAGAAUUACAGCGGGAUAAUAUUUUCACAUGUAAAUGUCAAACAGAUGGAUAGGAGCUAAUAAUCUUUGUGUCAAACUGUACAUACACCUGGGAAAAUGUAGGCCAUAGUUUGUUGUAAUCCCUCAAGAGAUCAACGAAGUGUUUUUUUACAGGACGAGCAAAAAGAUAGAUAAUAAUAGAUGGGUUAGCUGGAAAUGUCACGAAAACAAAUGUGCACGUUUCUAUGGGGGGCAGAAGUCAGUGUGGUGUUGUGAUUCUGGAUGGCCAGAUUGCUAGCAAGAAUGAGAAGUGCCAUGUGGGGAAUCGUAAGUGGCUUGUUCUUGACACCAUGUCCUGUUUUGACAGAUUUCAUGUCAAUGCUAAUAUGGCCCAAAUUCGCAAGCUAGUCAACAACUGUAACGAUGUAUUUGAGAGACAACAAGUGCUCAUUGUGCACAUGUAUUUCUGUUUUUAAUAAACAUUGAAUUCGAAAUAGAGUUUACAUGUUGUCAGCAAUGUAAAGCCAACCCCGUGUGUUUUGCCCUAUAGUUGUCCAAGCGUUGAUUUUGUUGCAAAACAACCAACCCUUCUAUACCUGCGAGUUUUGAUUGGUUUACUUUGUUAACGCUGCACUGGUGGUUUCUUGAGGAAUUACAAGAGUUUCGCAAGUGAGAUAGUCACAGCUUCACCAUGGCUCGCGGCUGCCUCUGCUGCGUCAAAUACAUGUUGUUCCUCUUCAACCUGCUCUUCUGGUUGGGGGGCUGUGGUUUGUUGGGUGUGGGAGUGUGGUUGUCUGUGUCCCAGGGCAGCUUUGCCACCCUAUCACCAUCCUUCCCCUCCAUCUCUGCUGCCAACCUCAUCAUCACCCUGGGUGCUGUCAUCAUGGUCACAGGCUUCCUGGGUUGUCUGGGUGCCAUCAAGGAGAACAAGUGUCUGCUGCUGAGUUUUUUCAUCACGUUGUUGGUUAUUCUGUUGGUGGAGCUGAUCCUACUCAUCCUGUUCUUCGUAUACACAGACAAUGUGAGUGAGAGCGCCAGACAGGACCUGAAAGAGGGACUUACUUUGUACAGCACCAACAACAACGUGGGCCUCCGCAACGCCUGGAACACCAUACAGACAGAGUGGCAUUGUUGUGGGGUGAAUGUGUACACAGACUGGCACACUGCCCUGCAGGAGAAGGUGGUUCCUGACCACUGCUGCCAGAAUAUCUACCAGGACUGUGGGCGCAAUGCCACCAACCAGUUCUGGACACAGGGUUGCUAUGAGAAGGUGGAGGAGUGGCUGGAUGACAAUAAACACCUGCUGGGAACCAUCGCCAUGUGUGUUCUGGUCAUACAGCUCCUGGGAAUGGCCUUCUCCAUGACUUUGUACCAGCAGAUCCACCGAUCCGGGAAGAAGUACGAAGCUUAGAACACACACACACACACACACACACACACACACACAGCGUUUGAGACCCAUUACUUGUAUACAAAAUUAUACUCUAAAAAGACACACACGUCACAAAACAGCUUUUUAUUUAGUGUUUUGUAUUUACACACCCUUGUAUCAUUUUGUGCACAAAGGCAAUAUUGUUUUUUAAUUAUUAUCUUGCUCAUUAUAAUCAGUGCUCUUGGCUGGGAUUCAAUCCGACCGCGGUUUGUCAACAGUGCACCGUAAAUGGGUUAUUCCACAAAUAAAGUGCCAACAAUCAGCAUUUUGACAUUGUCCCUCGUUAUGUUUUUCCGACUUCUGGGAAGAUUUCAA